UGUUUUGAGGCCGCGCAGGGGUGUGUAACACUGGCUGUGUGUUCUGGUCCAGUGUGCCGGGGCAGGUGUGUGCUCAGUCCGCCCGGCCCAACUGCUUUAACGCCCCUACAUCACGCUGCUGUUCUCUUCCUCGUUGCUUCGUUGCUCCUCUUCUGUCCAGCGUACAGCCCAGCCAGCCCCCUCCCUCUUUGUUCACCCCCCCCCGUGUCCUUUCCCCUCCUCGCGCGAAAGCUCUUAUAUAACCCUGUGGGAUUCCUUUUUUUCUUAGCAACACUUCCUGGCCCUGUGCGAGGAAAACACGAUGACGUUGACCCACGGAGGGGCACCAUGUGCACCUGCAGAGGAGACUGCUGCUGAGGGGGAGCACUCAGGGCUGCUAGUGGGGUCCCUGAGAACACCCACCGCUUUUCCAUUUAGCUCAGGGUAAACAACAACAUGUCAGGCUGUGACUGGCAUCACAAAGCCUGUGAAAUGUGUUAUAGCCAGUAGCUGACAGUUUCUACACACUAAUUAGAGGCUUAUGUUGACAUUUCUUGUGCUAUGGAUUAUAAUAGUAAAGGAUAUAUAUAUUAUACUUCCCUAAAGCUCAAUGUGACGCUAUUAAAAUUGGUGGUUUUGUCUAAAAAUCCCACACUGAGACAUACUUGGCUUCGUGAUAAUCAGGCUUUGUUUUGAAAGAAUCUCGUUCUUUUUCUGUACAGGUGUUUGCACACACACACACACACACACACACACACACACACACACACACACACACACACACACACACACACACACACACCUCUGAUUGUUUCAGGUUAAACGGAGCGUUUAGGUUUUGUUUGACGAUGUCACAUAAAUACGUAUGCAGUGGCUGAAGUAAAUGCACUGCCUCACUGACCUGUCAUCGUAAAACUUUGCAAAGCUCAUGCAGCGUGCAGUCCAACAGAGCUGCUGUUUCACUCAGACACAUUGUGAUCACUUCAAAACUAGCAUGCAGUGAUACCUUCAGGGGUUGUCAUGAAUUGGUCCUGUGUUCAAAGACAGAAACAGAAAGUUGGAGGUGCGAUGAGAGCAGCUACGAGUUGCAUCAUGGGAAAUGUAGGAUCUCUUUCGUGUUGUUGGAAAUUGAAAGAGGAAUUGAUGAAGAAUUCCUGGUAGAGCCUGAGUAGUGCUGGAUUUCUUGAGCUGAUGCUAAUUUUUAGGGCAGGAUACUGAAAAAUUGGGUGAAUAUUACAUAUUAAUGAUAUCAAAGUGGUGGCUACUCUGCUGCGUGAUGCAGAGAGCUCUGAGAGGAUCUGUUACACAGGAAAGGAAGUCUCUUCUGAUAUCACAGCAGCACUGGCAGAUAACAUGAUCUCUAUGUAUUAUCUAUAAACAUUUGAUGCGUUUGUUCUAUUAAGAUGGGCUUAGCUUUGAAACUGAAGCAGCUAAGUGGACUGUGUCGUUGUUGACAUGUCAGAGUGUCAUAUCUGUGUCCCAUAUUGAUGCUUGAUCUGUAAUAAUGACGAGUAACCUUCUGCUCACACAGUUUUACCGCAGCUCUACUCUUCUGCCCGGGGACCAGCUUGCUCACCGUCCUCCCUCCUGGUCCUCUGCCUUCAGUACUCCAGCGGCAAUGACAUCCCCGGACUCCCCGCCGAUGGUUUCCCCAUCUCCUUGCCCAGCUCCCCCUCCGUCCCUCCCCUCCUCCCCUGUGCCCUCUUCCCCAGCGCCAUCCUCCUCCUCGAUCCCUGCGCCGCCCUCGCUGCCCCCCACCGGUGAAGUGAUGGUGCUGGCUCUGGGCCGGAAGAAGCAGAGAGUGCUGAUUGCGCUCUCUAUCCUGCCCAACCUCUUCCUGGCCUUCCUGCUCUCUUCGGACCCUCUCAUCACCCUCCCCCCUCACCACCACUGCCACCUGCCGGGCCCCUUGCCAUCGCCUGAAGUGCUGAACGCCUCAUUACCUUGGGAGAAGGGGCGACGGCCCGGGGACAGCGGGGGCCCGUCCCAGUGUAAGCAGUAUACCAAUAGCAGCCAGUCUGCUGUGGUGGACUGCGAGAAUGGAUGGGACUACAACGUCACAGAGGGGCUGAAGAACAACAUCGUCACUGAGUGGGAUCUGGUGUGUGGUCAGUACUGGCUGGUCCCAGUGGAGGAGGUGUGUUUCAUCCUGGGCGUCCUGACUGGCUGUCUCUGCUUGGGCUACGCCGCUGACAGGCUGGGCAGGUCCAAGACCCUCCUGACCUCUCUGACCCUCUCGGUGGUGUUCGGGGUGCUCGUGUGCGUCUCCCCGUACCCUUCUGUCUUCAUCGUCAUGCGUUUCUGUCUGGCGGCGGCCAGCGCGGGAGUCUAUCUUACUCUGUAUAUCACCCGUCUGGAGCUGUGUGAGCCCUCUCUCAGGCUGAUGGCCACCACGCUGGCUGGCCUGACGACUGUAGCCGGGGAGCUGCUGCUGCUGGCCGUGGCCCUCGGGUGCCAAUCUUGGAGGGGGCUGCUGGGAGCUGGGUCCGCCCCACUAACACUCUUUCUCAGCUACGGAGUUCCUGGGGUGUUUCCAGAAUCUCCUCGCUGGCUCCUUCUGUCGGAGCGAUCUUCAGACAUGAACGCAUUCAGCGAGAGAAGAAACUCCAACAGAGACGUGAGGGACGACGAGAGCUUCACAGAGAUGGAUUCAGAGCCAGCCCCCUCCUCAAAGCCCCACCUGUCCUUCCCUGAGCUCUUCCACAGCAGGAACAUCUGGAAGAACAUGUGCGUGCUCGGCUUCACCUCAUUCAUCUCUCACGGCAUUAGUCACUGUUACAGCUCUUUCCGAGGUGACGUCAGGGGCACCGCCCCCAGCUUCUAUUGGACAUACCUGCUCUCUGUGUGUGCAGGCGGUGGGGCCUGGCUGUUGCUUUGGACGACCGUAGACAGGUGCGGUCGCCGCGGCAUCCUGCUUCUCUCCAUGACGAUGACGGGGCUGGCCUCUUUGAUCCUCCUGGGACUCAUGGAGUAUCUCAGUGAGACGGCCAUCACGAUUUUCUCAGUGCUGGGUCUCUUCUCUUCCCAAGCCACCGCCUCCCUCUGCAUCCUCUUCACUGCAGAGGUCAUGCCUACCAUCAUCAGAGGGAGCGGUGUAGGAGCCGUGCUCGCUCUGGGCUGCGUGGGCCGUCUCAGCUCCCCUCUCAUGGACCUGCGAAACCACUACGGCUACUUCCUGCACCACGUCGUCUACUCCUCUCUGGCUCUGCUGGCCGUGCUGUCCAUCCUGCUGCUGCCCGAGAGCAAGAGGAAGCCGCUGCCCCAGACGCUGGCCGAUGGUGAGCAGUACAGACGCCCCCCGCUGGGCAGGAGGAGACGGGACAAUGUGCCGCUGCUGGCGACCCCCAACCCAGAGACCUAAAAUACACAGAGGGACGGACUCUGUUAACACCACUCACUUUUACAGCUAGGACAUUUUUCAUCAAUCAUGUUCAUGUAGAGGACAGACAAAGCAAUAUAAAAACCUAAUAGGUAACCCAGAGCGACGAAGAGAAAAGGGCUGCAACAGAUCAACAGAUGCUGUCAUCAGCAUCCACGACACUGAUGACAGCGAUCAGACUUUCAGCUUUUUAACAUAUCAUCGCUACAGACGUUAGCGAUUGGGUGGAGCUGCCGUCAUCUUCGUGUUUCUCUUUUUCCUGCCGUUCAGAUGUGCGUUAAUGUCCUUGUGAAGACACACAAUCUUCACACGCAUCUCCAUUUCUUCCUAGCCAGAACACACCAGCACCCACUGCUCCACGCCAUCCUCCAUCCUGAGUGUGUCCAUCACAGAGAUGCUAGCUGCUUAGCAUAUUUGACUUGAAGAGCAGUCGCCGGUUAUUCCUAGCAUUUGUUUUAACCUGGAAUCAUGUGUUUGUUUUCUUUUUUUGCGUGUGUUUGCUGCGUAUGACGACACAACAAGUCCUCAGAGCUGUACAAAAGUCAGUUUUGUACCAUUUUCUGUGACCUUUGUCGUAAAACUCUAAACCGUCUAGCUCUCCGAGCGGAGGAGGAACCACAGUUCUCAGACAUGUGAUGUAACACUUGACAGGAUUGUCGGGGUUAAACGCCUUGUAAAUACUCUAGAGUUAGUUUCUUUAACUUCCUGGGGCAUCUGAGUUUUGUUAAAGCAGACCCUGUGGCUGGAUCCUUACAGUACAGUAUGCUAUGCAGUGGGGAAAAGCACUUUGAAUCUUUUUUCUUUCUUUCUUUCUUCCUUUUUUUUUUUUUUUUAAAUAAUGUUGAAUCAUUUGAUUGAAGUCUUCAAAAUCAAGGGAAGAACAAGUCAGCUAUUAUAAAUAUUUGGAACAAAGGCUAAAACUUCUCUGAGCAGAGAACAAAUGGUGGAAAUCCACUCACUGACUCUGGCCUGGAGCCAGCGGUAUUUAUAUGUCUGUUUAUUUUUAUGUUGUUCUUAAGCUUAAUUAGUAAAUUAUCCAGAAGCAUUAAGCUAAAUUGGGUUGACAUGGAAUGAACCUUCCAUUCUCUGGCGUCAUUAUUCAGUAACAGUGAAGCUGUUGACCGUCACAACAUUCCUAUCUGCAUGUCUGAAAUCACUGAAGGGCUUUUUUUUUGUAUGUCCUCAGAAGCUAAUAGUUAGUCAAUACCUCUCUAGAUGACGAGUCUCAGCUGUAAGAGAACAGACGGGUACCACAAACUCUAGCAGAAGUUUUUAAACGGUGACGUGCUUUAAACCGGCACACUUACUUUAUUUUUUCUGAAGCUGAACGUGGAGUUAUGAUGGAGGUCGUCUGUUAUUUUUAAAUGAAUGUUUAUUCAUGCUGGAGAAAGGGCCCGAUGAUUACACUCCAUUGGAUUUGAAUGGGAGUUGCAGAGGGCCCCGGAGCUCCAAAUUAACCCCUGACUCCUCCUCUUCCUCCUCAAGCACGCUCCUGGGAGGUUUUCAGUCUCUAGUAUGCUGGCUGAAGCCGUAUCACGUAUGGCACAAAUUCAACUGUGUGUGUAUGAGUGUAUUUUUCCCCCCUCAAGUUUACACCUGUGUGUGAUUUUAAACAGACAGAGGUUUUGGUUAAUUUGGACUCUGCCACUGAGCACUAAUUAUGAAGGACGCACACCUUAGCUGAUGGUCUCUUUCCCCGUCAGCCUUUGGUACAUCUUUUUUCUUUUCCUGUGUACGUUGCACUCAAAUCUUAACACUUAUACACUGAUAAUUAUUAUCACUAUGAUUAACUUGGCUCGAAUAAUGUUAUGUCUGACAACAUUGAUGAUGUGUUCAAUGAUGAGUGUGAUGCAAUUAACUAUAGCCUGAUUUCAUGUCAAAUAAAACUGAUUAAAAAAUGUAUGAUGUGAGCAGUUUUGUAAGACUCGGGCAAGUUUCUUCCUGUCCGUUCUUCUUUGUCUGUUUGUUCUGCAGGAAUUUCAGCAUCUCCUUUUCAUGCAUGUUGUCUUCGUUGUCCUGUGCUCCAUGAUGUUUUAGAGGUCAUGUAACUCUGGGUUUAGUUGGCCUAGAAGUUUCUUGGUGAUUUUAAAGUCAUAUUAUUCACAUAUUCCUCCUCACAGUUGCUAACAAGGCUUUUUGGGUUUAUCUAUAUCCAAAUCAAUACCCUAAUGAUCCACGUUUCCUAUUCCGUACACAUUUUGGAGGCAUAUUUGUAAAAUGGAUGUGUGGAAAACUGAUUUUCUUGAAAUGCAGAUAGAAAGGAUUUUCAGCUAACCUAAGCAAACAAUCAAACAAGUUUGAUUAAAAUACUAACGAAUCGUUGUAAUCCCCAUUAUGCGCAGGGUUGUAUAACAGAUGUUGUCUCUUUGUGCUGCUUGACUAAGC